UGGAACCCGGCUUGCUUCCUUUUUUAAGAAUCAGCGUGAGGGAAGGGAGCAGAGCUGCGUUAUUUUAGGGAGACCUUGUCGCACUCCCCCUCCUGAGGGUAGGGAGCGUCUGGGGUGUGCGCGGUCCCAUGGAGAGACGCUGGCGGCGGUGGCGGCGGCGGCGGCAGCUGGGGCUCCUAUCGCGGCUGCGGCCGGCAGUAAUCCGACCCCGCCGGCGAAAGGACUGAAGAGGCGCAAGGAAAGCGGCGAGCUGCGAACAAAAGCCUCGGCGCGGGGCCGAGCCCGGGACGUGGGUGACUCCACAAAGGCACAGGCUCAGCCAUGGUGGAUCCCGUGCCUGAAGAGGAGAAGCUGGGAGCCGAGCCCGGAGGCUCAGAAGGGGACGAAGCCGCCGCGUCCGUGCCCCCUAACUCCCAGGGCGCCCAGCAGCCCACGGCGUCUUCGGCCUCGGCCUCGGCCUCCGCCGUGGCGCCCCGCAAGGCUGAAGUCCCGUCCGCGGCCGAAGGCGGGCAGCGGGAGCAGUCCCCGCUGUUGCACCUCGACCUCUUCAACUUCGACUGUCCGGAGGCCGAGGGCAGCCGGUACGUGCUGACCAGCCCCCGCUCGCUAGAGGCCUGCGCCCGCUGCGCUGUUAAGCCUGUGGAGCUGCUGCCCCGGGCCCUGGCGGACCUGGUGCGCGAGGCCCCCGGCCGCUCGAUGCGAGUGGCCACUGGCCUGUACGAGGCAUACGAGGCGGAGCGGCGCGCCAAGCUGCAGCAGUGCCGGGCGGAGCGCGAGCGCAUCGUGCGCGAGGAGAAGCGGCGCCUCUUCACGCCGUUGGGCCCGGCGGCCGCCGCGGCCUCGGCCCCCAGCGCGGGCAGCAGCAGCAGCUGCAGCAGCGCGAGCCUCCCGGCCUCGCCCGCCCCGCGCGCCGCUCGAAAGGCCUCCUCCAGCCCGUCCCCGGCCCGGCCCCAACCCCCUCCGGCGGGGUCGCGGGCAGGUAGGAAGAGCCACUCACUGGACUCGCUGUCCCGCCGGCGGGAGGGCGCCCUCAGCUCCGAGUCCGGCGCGUCGUCGUCGUCCUACAGCGGAGAGAGCCUGCGGGAACUGCACUGGCCGCCACGGGCCUCGGCCAGGAACAGCUGCGCGGCGGGGUCGGCGGCCUCGGCUCCUAACCCCCUGGGCCGCCCAUCCGCCCUGGCCCUGGUUCCGCUCACCGGCCGCAGCUUCAGCCUCGGCGACCUGAGCCACUCGCCCCAGACAGCUCAGCACGUGGAGCGCAUCGUGCGCCAAGUGCGCGCCGAGCGGGGUCUGCGCGGGGUGCCGGAGCGCGACCGGAAGAUCGCGGCGCUGAUGUUGGCGCGGCACCAGGAGGAACGCCUGCUGCUGGAGCAGCGCGCCGCGGCCCACGGCCAGUGGGAGCAGCAGCGCGUCCGCGCCGAGCAGCGGCGGGAGCGCGAGGAGCGCGAGAAGCAGCGCGCCCUGGAGCAGGGCCGCCGGGCCUGGGCGGCGCAGGUGGAGGAGCGGCGCGGCCGCCGAGGUCGCGAGGAACGCGAGGAGGCGCGGCGCCGGCAGCGGCAGUGCGAGCGCAGCGAGGAGCGGCGGCGGGAGCUGGCCGAGCGCCAGGGACUGCUGCGGCGGGAGCGAGUGGAGCGCGCGGCCCGGGAGGACCGGCAGCGCAAGCUGCAGCAGGAACAGAACCUGAAGCAGCGGGAGGAGGGCCUGCAGGAGGUGCGCGAGCGGGCCGAGCAGCUCCGCAGGGAGCGCGCUAAGCGCGCGGCCCAGGUCAAGCAGCAGCAGGAGGGCCAGUUGCAGCGGGAGAAGCAGGAGCUUAGCAGGGCGGAGCGGGCGCGCCACGAGGCGUUGCUGAAAGGUCGGGCCCGGCAGGAACGCCAGGAGCGCGAGGGCCUGCGGAGCUCCCUGGAGGCCAGCCUGGGACGCGCGCAGGAGAACUACGAGCAGUUGGUGGAGCAGCGCACCCGGGAGCUGCGCGAAAGGGCCCGGCGGGAGGAGCUGCAGGGCCGGCGGGCCAAGGAGGCUGCGGAGCGCAAGGAGCGGGAGCAUCAGGCACACCUGGAGGCGCUGGCCCGGGCAGGCGAGCGGCGGCUGCAGCACGCGGCGCAGGCGGCCGAGGAGGCGGUGCAGCAGAAGGCGCGGCGCGUGGGCCAGAGCCGGAUGGAGAAGGAGCGGGCCCAGCGCGCCAACAAGGAGAAGGUGGAGAGGGACGAAGACUGCCGCCGGCGGGAGCUGCUCCAAGCCAUCGGUCGCAAGCUGGAGCGCAGCGAGCAGCUAUCUCGGGAGCGGCGCAGCGCGCUGGAGAGCGCUCGCUCCACAGCCCGCGCCUCCUUCCACGUGCGCGAGAAGGUGCGCCAGGAGACCAACACGCGCUCCUUCGAUCGCAUGGUGCGCGAGGCCCAGCUGCACGCCAACCUGGACCGUAAAUGACCGCCGCAGUGCGCAGGCUAGACUGCCACGCUCAGCCCCGUGGCGCCCCUUUUGGCCAUUUUGUCCGGACCGUGGGAAUCGCCAGUUGGGGCAGAGCACCGUGGCUUCGCCAGGCUCCUAACCAGUGAGGCGAUGAGAGGACUGAUGUAUGAGACCCGUCAGUCCGCCGCCUUUGUUUUUAAAAAUCGGCUUUGUUUGGAAAUGACAGAGCACAACCUUCCACCACAUCCCACCUUCUUGGCUCCCACCCUGGCCCUUGCCACGGUUGCCAAUGUGUCUGUUGAAUUGGAAAGGAAAAGAGCUGGGAGAAGGGGGCUGGGUCGAGAGUGGGGGCGGGGGGGGGGGCAAGGAGACAGUGCAGAAGUGACUGCCCCCUCCUGCCGCAGUCACCCCAGGCAUCUUCACAAACUUGGUAUCUGAGGUGUCUGCACAGAUUGCAGCAGAGGAGGCAUCUCCUUGGCUCCCCUCCAUCUUUUAAAAUGUGGCAAGUUGCACAACACUUGGAGGCCUCACAGAAAAGCACAGCUCUUCCAAGGUAUUACACCUCCCUCAAGUGACCGAAAAGCUAUUGACUUUUGUAUACUAGACUUUUAAUCUGCCACUUGUGCAAACUGUGGUCUUAGUUCUGCUAGGUUUUCUGUUGUUUCCCCUAGAUUCUCUAGUUAGACAAUCAUCUGCCAGUAAUGAUCAGUUUGGAUUUUCGUCUUCCUUAUGUUCCUAGUUGACACAGGUUUGGUGAUGCUGUUUAGCUUUAGUGGAAGCCCCCAGCCCGGGGAUGUGGAUUCCUUAGGCAGCAGUGUUCCACCCCACUGAGCUUUCUUGCAGGGUAUUUUCAGGGGAGGUAGUGUCUGAUGGCCACCUCCCAGUGUGGGGCCCACUCCUUGCAGACAGCAUCCAUGCCUUAAGAAGCAGAGCUACCUAUGUGCCUGCCCAGGCCGAUUCUGCCUCAAUCUCCAGCCCUGGAUGCAGUCCCAAGAGUGGGCCCCAGAGAGUUUGGGGUGUCACGUUCCCUAUGUGAAGGGAUCAUCUGAGGGCAUUUACUUUACUGUGUGGGCAGAAGAGCUGGAAUUUGCGUCUUUGCCGUGAGGGUCAUGCUCACUAUGGUUUGACAGUGUAUCUUCCUUUCCUCUCCUUCCCGGAAUGAGGAAAAAGAGGACCCACCCCUACCCAACAUUCCUGGUUCCCUCUCCCCUAGGACUGAAAGUAUAGUCAGUCUCUCUGUGCCUCACCUCCCCAUCGUCCAGAUGGGGCCAUCAGUACUCUUCUUUCUCCUGGUACCUCAAGGCCUCCCAGAUCCAAAGCACCGCCUCAGUAUUAUUUGUUGGGCUUCUUUGUGCCUUUCUUGACCUGGAGUUGGGAGGCAGGAGGACUGCUGCUGGCCUAGUUUAUUUCCAGGGGUAUGGAUUCCUGGCCAUGUGUCACGGACAGGUGGUCAUUUAGCCUCUGGGGGAAAAUACAUGCAAGACACUUUCUGGUCCAAAAAGUCCCGUUCAGUUGUCUUCCGGCAACUUUCACCCUUCAAGUGCUUCUCUUCCAGGAAGCUGAAAUCAGCCCCCAGGCAUGUCCACCCAAGGACCCUACCUUCAUCAAGGAAGGUGGGGAGUAAAAUAUUACUUUUUACAUGAACAGGAUCAAGAAAUAAAAGUUACCAAAAAAGAAGAAGAAUCAGGGUAGAGAAGUAUUGUGUUAGACAUAGUUCAUGUAUAUUCUGUUGGGCAGAAUUGUCCUUAAAGUGUCUGGUGUCACACACAUGCACACAUUCUGUUAGCGACUCCCCACCCCGCCCCCGACCCCAGUGAAAUGCCAACAGGUACAGGAGUAUUGCGUAGAAGGAAGCAGUGCUUGGCUGUUACACAUCAGAUGCUGUGAAACCAGGAAAGGAGCUGUGCCAAGGCUUAUUUCUUGAAUGGAUGAAGUUUUCCUCAAAUUUUCAUGUCGGUAACCAGGUUGUCAGUGAGCUAUAAUAAUCAGCAUUGUCGGUGAGUCAAGGGUAUUUAACUAAAAUGUUAAUGUGAUACUGGUUCUUAACUGGUGGUUCCUGAUUUGACAGAGGAGACUCUGAGACUUUACUAGGAAGUUCCACCUAAAACCACUUCCUUCCAAGGUAUAUGCGUUCGUUUGAGAAGGAUACAAUCUGUUUGGAUUUUUUUUCUUUUUUUUGGACAAGGCGCUGAAAGGUGAUCUUACCUGGCUCUGUAGUCAGUUUGUUUUCUGACUUCCUGAGUGACUUUGGGUAGAUCACCUCUGUGUGCCUUGGUUUCCCCACCUAUAAAGUGGGGAUCAUGACUUCUGCCCUCCUCACACAAACACUGUGGGGAUGAAUCAGAAUCAAAGUGGUGCUGUCAGUUCUAGGACUUUGGAACGGCAGGUACAGUCACUACAACCAAGGAUUAUGUGACUGCACUAUGCCUAGAGUGUAAUGUGGCCAUUGUGAUCUGGUGCAGAAAGAAAUGUUCUCGAAAAGCACAUUGCGGAUUAUAAUGCCACAUAUGAUGUGAAGGUCCGGGUCUGAAUGUCACCAAAUUAGAGAUUUGCGCUUAGAGAAAAGCACAGUGUAAAGGAAACAAGACUUUGGGAUUCUUUAAAUACAUAUAAUACAUAUAAUAAUAAUUCAAGCAAAAACAGAGGCUAAACCUAGUAAUAGUAAAGAAUGGUUCUUCCAAGUUUCCAACCUCCUGAUCACCCUCUAGAGAAGGGGGGCUUCUGUGUAUUCUAGGCUAAGUAGUCAUGUUACUCUUUGAGGAGGAACAAUUUCCAGGAUCCUUUUGUGUGUGUGUGUGCGUGCCCUUUAUUUAUAGUGUUUUCUUUGAAUUGGUGGUAGGGAGGAGUAGUGUUUCUUACUCUGAAAUGCAGCAAGAGAAAAUCGGAGGAGUGGGGCAUGGUGGGGAUGAUGGACAGAGAAAGUCUUACUUCUCCUGAUGUGAACACUGUCAUCAACUGCCCUGAAUUUGUCUUCCAUGCUGCAAGUUCCUACCAUCCAGGAAAAUACAGACUUGACAUGACCCCAGACCUUCCCACUUGCCCUCUUGGAAUAUCCCCUUGCUCAGAGCAGAAAGAGCAUGAAAUGGAAUGAGGAAGAAUGGGAAGGGUUGGAAAAAACUUUAGUUUGGUUCGUUACCCAGGAAACAAGCAGGGCAAAACCAUUUCAGAUGGAAUCAUCAGUGGAGCUAGCCCAUUGUCCUGCUCAAGCAAUGACCAGUGCCUACACCACAUCUGGACAGGAAGACAGAAGUUUCCUUUCAGAAGCACACAGACUGUGAGUCUUUAGUGGGAGCAGUAAUUAGGAUUUUCCAAAGGCACAGUCUGUAGGGUAGUGAAGGCACAUGAAACUGCCCUUUGUGCUCUCUGCACUCCGCAAAGGCCACUCUGCAAAGCCCACCACUUAACACCCCCCUUCCUUUAAAAAGUCCACUGAAACAGAGGAGUGAUUGACUCUUCAUAAGGGGCUGUAUCUUACUUACCAUUGAGUCCACCCGUGGUUUAGCACCUCUUAUGUAAUAACCACAUAAACAGUAGAUGGAGAGAGGGAUAGACAGCGGAUGGGUGGUGGUCAGAGAAUGGUAACCAGAGGACAUUUGCACAGAAUGGAUUGAAUGGAGGCCUCCCUUCAUCUGUCAAAUUAGUAUCAAGCCCACUACCAGGUGGGCCAGGCAUUGCUCUUAGUGCUGAGAAGACAAGGUCUCUCUGAUAUUGACCCUGGAGAACAUGAUAUUGUGAGAUGAGCAGACACCUUUAUUUCCUUGUUGGGCUUAACUGCCUUCCCAUCCUGGUAUCCAACCACAGGCAGACCCGAUAGUCCUUCAAGCACUAAUUUCAAGCCUUUGGAGUUUCCUGGGGACUUGCCAUCCUCCAGCCAACCAUCAUCGAGUCCUUGUUGUUCUCUUUCUCUUAGAGGAGCCCUGACUAUUCAGGUCAAAUUCAUAAGGUCAUGUACUUAAUCAACUUUAGAUUACAGUACAAAUAGAUUAAUUACCUUCAAGGGCAUUAUUGGUGUUGCCUUUAACAGAGGCAGUGUAAAUAAUGAUCGUCGAUGUAGAGAACCAAGCCUCAGGCCCUGCAGAGUCCCAGAUCACCAAAACAGGGUACCAGCUCCAUAAUUCCACUGUUCUUGCUGAGAUAAGAAACUCAACAUUUCAGAAGCAUUUCCAGUUUUAAAGUCCCAACAAAAAGAGAUUUUUGAUUCAUACUAAAUUGCUAGGAACGUUCAGUGAACCAGAAUAUUCCACCUCUUAAAGCUUCUAGAUGAUUGAGAUUACCCCCCGGGUUGCUAUGGAGACUUGCCCAUCUCCACCCUGCAGGUCCCUGGGAAACAUUGGGCAGAGGAGCAUAAGGAAAUCUGGCAUUUCUCGACACAGCCUGGGAAGGGGCUUUCAGAGAUGCAGCAGACAGCUCCCGGUUCUAGAAAUGUUAUUUAGGCCUUAGAUGUGACACAUUGGCCGGGGUAUCUUAUGCGGCACUGCAGCGUCAUGCCUGAUCACGUGCUUUGGCUGCAUGACUCUCCGCAAGAGCACUACGUCUGUUCACGUCCUUGCUCUGUUCCACGGAGCUCUGGUGCUCUCCACACGCACCUCCUCCCAGCCCUAUGCACCCCCACGUGCCCCUAGCCCCUUAUACUCUCCCUGGUGCUGCUUUGGCUUUACAUAGGUCAGGGUUAGGACAGAGGGUAUGGUUAGUAGCAGGUGUUAGGAUGUAGAAGUGGAGGGUGGUUUCUUUCUGAGGAACACUGGUAAUCACUGUUUACAGUAUUGUUAACUUCCUGAUGCAUCAAACACCAUCAUGUCCCACAUGAGCGCAAAAAAACUAGUCCGAAGUGAUUUUUUUUUUAAAUAUUUUUAUUUAUUUAUUUGGCUCUGCCAGGUCUUUGCUGGGGCAUAUGGAAUCUAGUUCCAUGAUCAGGGAUCAAACCCAGGUCCCCUGCAUUGGGAGUGUGGUGUCUUACCCCCUGGACCACCAGGGAAGUCGCCGAAAUGUUUUCUUCCCCCCAAAGUGAUUUUUAAAUUAGCAGCCAUGUUGAAGUGUUCAUGCCUCUCUCCUCUCCACCCGUACAGUAUUGAUGGUGUGUUUUUGUGUCAAACACUUGUGCAGUUCACAGGGCUGUCAGAUGGUUCAUCUCUACUCCUGUGUUGGAGUAUACACGUGCAUGCACACACACAUCCUCCUCCCCAUCCCAGCCUCAGCAUUCUUGCAGAGGGAGGGGUUCUGUAGUCAUCUCAUUCUUUCAGAGAAGGCUAAGCACUGGGAACAGUGAGAUGCCCCCUUGGUGGGGGUCCACUGAUUCCACCUACCUCCAGCUCCAUGGCUUCUUCAGUCUCUGGCUGGUGAGCAUGGUGUCCAUGUUCCCAAUUCCAUCAUUGAGCCCUGUGGCUGACAAAGGCUGUUCAUGUUGUCACUACACUUCUUCCCCUACUUAUUGUGAGAAGCUGACUGGGAAAUGGAAUUUGGAUGCCAAAAUACUGACAUCCAGAACAUCUCAGCUUGACAGAAUGACUGAUAUCUUCUAAAAGUCCAGUUCCUUGAGGCUACCAUACCUUCGAAGCAAAGCAUUUGGCAAAGGAACAAGCUUUGUUGACUUAUUCAAACUAUUGCCUACUAUUCCACAGGCUCCUCCUGUCGUCUGUAAAAUGGGGACAAAAAUUCCUACUUGGUAUGGAGUUAUUAAAUGUGUCAAAUGCUUGGAAAGCGGCACGGUCCCUGGCAGAUAGCAUUCAAUUUGUGGAUUCUGUUAUUUCGAACUUGGAACGGUAGUGAAAGAAGGAAUGCGGUAGGUUGAACUUCAGCCUGGUGGGAAGGUGGAGCGCAGGCUUGGAUGGCAGCCCUUGGCAGUAGUAUGCACCCCUUGCUGUGUGUCAAUCCCCCAACCAUUCCAGGGGAAGGGGCUUUGGAAAAAUGGGUCCCCAGUAACGUGUUGUAGUGUAGGGUUGGGGGGAUUACCAUGUUUACCAAAUGUUUGGCAAUAAAAUUGAUGUAUGAUGA